AUGGCUGCAAAAAAUUGCGAUCUUCUUUGUAUUCUUUUAGCAACAGCAGGAAAUACUGGUGAAAAAUUGUAUUUCAAGUAUCCCUAUUCUCCUUUUCUUCACAAGAAGAAAGCCAGUAAGCAAGGGACUUCAUUGACAGACAAACACAUUGUUGAUCGAUUUCAUAUUUAUGAUUUUGUGCUUUGCCCUUGGUCAAUUCGAUUAUUUGCACUCAAAGAGGACCAGCAGGAACUCCGCUCAAGAAGUGUCAGCUUUACAAGUAACAACUUCACCCCAGAUAGCUAUAUAGAUUGUCCGCUAUGGAGUUUUUCUGACUCGCUAUUGGCAAGUAUUUUAUCUCCUAAAGAAGCCAUGUGCAAUAAAAACUUCGAGUUAGCCAUUGACGAUAUCCUAUUUAUUGGCUAUCCAACGAUCAUGAAAGAUGCUGAGAACCCAAUAACGGCGUCAUCUGCUUCCGGAAGUCCAGCAUCUUCAUUUAAAGGUCCUGCAACGACCAAUUUACUCCAUAUUACAUUUGUUCUACAGCAACAUCGAUAUAUAUUGCUGAUAUGUAAGCUUGAGAUUAGAGAAUUAAAUUUCGAAUUAUACGAAAACAAAUUAAGUGAAGAAGAUGCGGAAAGGUUAUCUAGGCAGUUACCAAAUCUUGCAUACUUAACUGACAGUCACAAGGCUACAAUCAUGAAAUAUGUGGGCACGAAGCAAAAGGAAGAAAUACAGUUCUUUAUCAGGCUAUGCAAAUAUUUCGAUGGAAGACACCAUAUCGAAGAUAUCAUGUACUGGGAAAAUUUGCCGCGCGAUGAAAUCUUUGAGAUACUAAAUAGAUUUAAUGAGAUUACUAUCACGUUUUGGUUAAGAGACAUUGUGACAAUUGCGACCUAA